AUGAAGUUACUAUCCCUAACCUUAUCGAUUAUUUUAGGUGUUAACUGGGCUAUUUGUACUUUGAGUGGAUAUAAAAAUGAUGUAAUGUGUGGUUGUGAGGAAACCUGUAACACUCAUCAAAAACCGACUGAAUCUGAUAUUAAAGUUUACACAUUAGAUUCUAAUGACAAAAGAGAGGAAAAUAAUACUACCAAAUACAAUUUUGAGAAAUAUUUUUAUGGAUUUGUUUUAAGGUUGAAUGAUGUAGUUAAGUCUGUUGAGAUAAAGUUCAAGGAUAAAACAAUGUGGGUUUAUGAUGAAAAUAAAAAUAUAUAUCCUGUAAAAGCCUACUUUGAUACAUCUCAAACCUUAUGUUUAUUAGAGUUUAAAGAUCUUUAUUAUUCAUAUAACCUAUGUGGUUCUACAACAAAAUUACUAAACUAUUUGAAUUUGUUUCUAAGGGAACUGGAAAGUCAAAUCAACCAGAGUUUGAACUGCUUGAUUAUGGCCACCAUUAUGUAUUUAAAAUUAAUACCAAUGAUAAAUGUAGUUUAA